UUAUAAUAAUAAUUUGCGUAAAAAGCAAACGUACAAAGAAUUGGAAAUUAAACUGCAAAGAGAUUGUAUUCUGAAAUGAAGAGACGAGGUGUCAGUAAAAUGGCGAAGAUAAAUGAAUUUGAUAUCGUAGAUCAAAAUGCACAAUCGAAAGUCGGAAAAUUUACAUUUUGGAAUGGAGAUGUUUACGACGGAGAAUAUAAAAUAAAUUAUGAUCGAUUACUUUUGCUUAAGCAAGGAAGAGGAACAUAUACUACUGAUAAUUUUGAUACCUAUCACGGAGAAUGGGACGAUGAUACGUUUUCUAAUACUGAUAUUCAUAUUAAGUAUAAUAACGACGCUCAGUAUCGAGGUAGAAUAGAUCCGAACGGAACGAUGGUCGGUCUAGGAACAUACAUAUUUCCCGAUGGGUCCUCGAUUGAAGCUAUAUGGCACAAUAAUAUACCAUCUACAAAUAUUAUUUACAGAGAACCUCUUGGAUUUGCGUGGAUAGUCGAAGAUAUAUCAGUAGAUUCCAUCACGUUUUCCGCUGGAAACCAUUUCUGGAACGAUAUAUUGUCCGAUGAUAGUACCAGUAGUUCUUCCAAAUCUUUCGAUCAAAGCGAAUUGAAUUAACCUACUUAAUCGAAGAAAUUUGAUUUCUCAGUCCUCUUUGUACAUCGAAGGAACUGAGUAUCGGCUUAUCGGCGAUUUAAACAGAGGAUUUUGGUUUAAACUGAACACAGUUUUCUGUUGCUCCUUCAUGAACUUCUCAUAUUCCCUCCUGUCUUUUAUGGAUGUCCAACACCUGCGCACCCGAUUUAUAAUCAAUAUUUGUCUCUAAUAAAUUGUAAUUCAAUUAAACUUUA